AUGGCCGAAACGACAAAUUCGAACGAAAUCCAGCAAAAUCCUAUUCAUGAUACGCCUGUGUUAGCAACAGCGGAUCAAUCAACAAUAGAUUCGAGUAUUACACAUGAACCACCGAGAAAAAAAUCGAAAAUUCCUUCGCCUGAGAAACCUCGUUUGCUCGAAGAACGAAUCGGUUCAAUUCUUUCAUGUUGUAUAUGUUUGGAUCUUUCAACAUUAGCGAUGUUUCAAUGUGUCAACGGUCAUCUUAUGUGUGCAUCGUGUUUUAAUCAUUUGUUAGCUGAUUGCAAACUGAAAGAUGAACAGACAACAUGUCCGAAUUGCCGUUGCGAAAUAUCGAAAUCGAAUUGUACAAGAAAUUUAGCUGUAGAGAAAACCAUCUCCGAACUACCAAUUGAAUGUGAUUAUUGUCAUCAGAUAUUUUUACGUUCCGAAAUCAAACUUCAUCAAACAGAAAAGUGUUCUGAUCGUUUAACAGUUUGUGAUUAUGCGUUGUUGGGGUGUCCAUGGACUGGCUCUUUUCAUAACUUGUCAACUCAUCUAGCCGGAUGCCAAUAUCCAUCGAAAACAGGGUUAGAAUUGAUUUGUACCAUUCAAGAGUAUAAGAGAGCGUGUGAUGAAGAGAAGAAAUGUCUCGAAACAGUGGUCGACCUACUUUCACUUAAUCAAAUCGGUGUCAGUGACUUAAUUUUAAAACCAUUACGAACUGAUGACUUCGUCGCCAAACUAUACUUCGAAACUUCACGUUUCACAGCCUUACAGUACCAAUGGCAACUUCGUGCUCGUAUUAACGAUAACAAUCCACACCCGCAUACGACAGUAACACGUUCACUCAGUUAUCAAUUAGUUCUGAAAUCCAAAGUGAGUCAAACGAUUGACUUGAAGUUUUUUAUUCUCAAAGGUCCACACGGUGACCCAUCAAAUGUGUCCAUUCAACCGAUUAUACACCACUUUGAAUUCAGUCCGAACAACACCGAAACCGAAUACUUAAAACUGCCAAUCAGUUCACACGAAUGCAAUCGAAUUCUCUCCUCGCCAUCGAUUAGUUUUCGUUUGCUGAUGGUACAAUUAGAUAAACCGUAG